UGGAGGCCAUAGUGGAGUUUGAUUACCAGGCCCAGCACGACGAUGAGCUGACAAUCAGCGUGGGUGAGGUCAUCACCAACAUCAGGAAGGAGGAUGGAGGCUGGUGGGAGGGACAGAUCAACGGCAGGAGAGGUUUGUUCCCUGACAACUUUGUAAGAGAAAUAAAGAAAGAUAUGAAGAAAGACCCUCUCUCCAACAAAGCUCCGGAAAAGCCCAUGCACGAUGUGUCCAGUGGAAACUCUUUGCUGUCUUCUGAAACAAUUUUAAGAACCAAUAAGCGAGGGGAGCGACGGAGGCGCCGAUGCCAGGUGGCGUUCAGCUACCUGCCCCAGAAUGAUGACGAGCUUGAGCUGAAAGUCGGUGACAUCAUAGAGGUGGUAGGAGAGGUGGAGGAAGGAUGGUGGGAAGGUGUUCUCAAUGGGAAGACUGGAAUGUUUCCUUCCAACUUCAUCAAGGAGCUGUCAGGGGAAUCAGAUGAACUGGGCAUUUCCCAGGAUGAGCAGAUGUCCAAGUCAAGGCCUGAAGGUCUCCCUCCAGUUUCUCUGCUGCCCUUUCCAGCUCAUGGAGCAAAAGGAAAGACUACCUUUGAAGGGACAAUUCUGUAUCGAGCUGCACCUGGAAAGACGGAGGGCCACAGACGCUAUUACAGCUUAAGGGAAACCACAGGCUCCGAGAGUGAUGGAGGUGACUCCAGCAGUACCAAGUCUGAAGGUGCCAACGGGACAAUGGCAACUGCAGCCAUCCAGCCCAAGAAAGUUAAGGGAGUGGGCUUUGGAGAUAUUUUCAAAGACAAGCCAAUCAAACUAAGACCAAGGUCAAUUGAAGUAGAAAACGACUUUCUGCCAGUAGAAAAGACUAUUGGGAAGAAAUUGCCUCCAGCUACAGUGACUCCAGACCCAUCGAAAACAGAAAUGGACAGCAGGACAAAGAGCAAAGAUUACUGCAAAGUAAUAUUUCCAUAUGAGGCACAGAAUGACGAUUAAUUGACAAUCAAAGAAGGAGAUAUAGUAACUCUCAUCAAUAAGGACUGCAUCGAUGUUGGCUGGUGGGAAGGAGAGCUCAAUGGCAGACGAGGCGUGUUCCCUGAUAACUUCGUGAAGUUACUUCCACCGGACUUUGACAAGGAGGGGAAUAGGCCCAAGAAACCACCACCUCCAUCUGCUCCUGUCAUCAAACAAGGCGCAGGUACAACAGAGAGAAAACAUGAACUUAAAAAGAUACCUCCUGAAAGACCAGAAACGCUGCCAAACAGAACAGAAGAAAAAGAAAGACCAGAGAGAGAGCCAAAACUGGACUUACAGAAGCCCUCCGUUCCUGCCAUCCCACCAAAAAAGCCUCGGCCACCUAAGACCAAUUCUCUCAACAGACCUGGUGCACUGCCCCCAAGAAGGCCAGAGCGACCAGUGGGCCCACUGACUCAUACCAGGGGUGACGGUCCAAAGAUUGAAUUGACGGGCAGUACGCUAGCCAGCAUCCUGGACAAGGAUCUCUCGGAUCGCAGCAAUGACAUUGACCUAGAAGGUUUUGACUCCGUGGUAUCCUCUACUGAGAAACUCAGUCACCCAACCACAAGCAGACCAAAAGCUACAGGGAGGCGGCCCCCAUCCCAGUCGCUCACAUCUGUGUCUGACAACAAGGCAUCCCUGCCGCCCAAGCCAGGGACCAUGGCAGCAGGCGGCGGCAGACCAGCCUCUCUGUCCUCGGUGGCAUCCUCCCCACUGUCAUCCUCUUUGGGAACAGCUGGACACAGAGCCAACUCCCCAUCUCUGUUCAGCACAGAAGGAAAACCAAAGAUGGAGCCUGUAGCCAGCAGCCAGGCGGCUGUGGAGGAGCUAAGGACACAGGUCCGCGAGCUAAGGAGCAUCAUUGAGACCAUGAAGGACCAGCAGAAACGAGAGAUUAAGCAGUUACUGUCAGAGUUGGAUGAAGAGAAGAAAAUCCGGCUUCGGUUGCAGAUGGAAGUGAAUGACAUAAAGAAAGCUCUUCAAUCAAAAUGAAUACUUGAUAACUGAGAUGUCUCAUUAUUCAUCCUGAGUCCAAGACUCAAAUUUUCUGCCCCAGCCAAAAUAAUCUUGUGCCAAAAGAUUAAAGGUUUGCCUCAACAUGUCCCUGUUUGAAAGAUUAGCACAAAAGUCUUGAUAGCACAACACAAAUUCCAUCCAAGAGGAGAAUCUUCCCCAUGGUGUAGUCCUGGGUCUGGCACUGGUUGUGACUUAGAGCAAAUUGUGCUACAGGCUUUUCUACCUUGAGAUCUCAUGCGAAACGAAAACUCAGGCAGUUUAGUCCAUAGUGGUACUAUUUUGAUGAUAUUUUCCAUUAAUAAAAUGUAACUUCAGAUUAUUCGUUUACAAGCUUUAUAAUUUUAUGAGUUUUUAAUCAUGUUUUGUCACUGAUGCCCCUAGUGUUUGUACUACACCUAGUCAGAAGCGAGUGUCUUAUUCUUUGGCUUCAGGUGAAAGCUGCCUCGCUUUGUGUUCCCCUUUAGGAUUCUAUUACAUAUGCAAUUUUAGAUCCAACCCAUCCCUUCCCCUGCCAACAGACCCCGCCACCCUAAGAGAAAUUUUAGCUUAUAUAUGAUGGUAUAUUUACAAAAAAAAAGAGAGAGAGAGAGAGAAAAUCUGGUAUUUGCAAUGAUCUGUGCCUUCUUUUUACCACCCUCUUGAUUGGAGCUUUUGUGAUGCAGCUACCAUGAUUCAAAAAAAAGAAAAAAAGAAAAAAAAAAAAGAAAGAAAGAAAAAUCUGCCACUUAUCUAAGUCCACUAGAGGCCACUGUCUUCACAGCUUCUCUCACCCUAGCCAAAGGUCCUAAGAGGAGAUAGCUGAGAAGUUGGGCUCUGUGGUACCAGCUGUGACUUUUUCAGUUCCUCCUACUUUUAGGUUGUUCAUGAAACUAGAAAUGUCAUCCCUGCUUGAUUUUUCAUCAGCCAAGUUAAACCCCUGCUUCCUGUCCUUUGCACCUUUUGCGUGAACAGAAUAUGCAUUAUUAAAGCAAAAAUAAAUAAAAGUAAAAUGCAAAUGAAAA